AUGAACGGUAUGGAGAGACAUGGACAUGGGCAUAACCAUUCCCAUGCACACUCGCACCACAACCACCACCACCACCACCACCACCAUCAACCGCAUCAACACUCUCAGCAUCACCACCACCAUCAUCAACAUUACCAACACCACUCUGGCCAUUCUUCCUCGGGCUCUGGCCAGUCAACACCCCAGAGUUUCCCGCCGAAAUAUGUCCACGGACACAGCUCUCACGCCCGAGAGUCCCCGGUGGUUCCUCCGGGUGGCCAGGGUCCCGGAGGACAACAGCAACCACCUGUCCAAAAAUUCAAGAGCUUUAAACUUCUCGUGGACCCAUUUCUCGUCAAAGGCGCCCAGAAAUUAAUCAGAUACGACGGAGUGGUCCAGGGCGACCCAACCUGCCCAGUAGUCCAACCUCGAGACCCCCGGUCCCAGCUGACGCGAAUCUGGACCCGCCUAGAGCAGCUAGACCUGCCAGUCCCGAGAUUUAAAAUAGACGCUAAUUACUGCGGCGAGCCGCCGCCUCUAGAGGUGACCUUUUGCCACCUAAAUGACAAUAUAGACCGGACAUUUUUGGGCGACAUGGUUCAGAAGUUCGGUGUGAUCGAGGAACUUACUAUUUAUUACCAUCCGGUGACUAACAAGCACCUGGGUAUUGCGAGAGUCGUCUUCGAGACGACCAAGGCUUCCAAGGGUUGUGUUGAAAAGUUGAACAAUACUUCUGUGAUGGGAAAAGUUCUCCGGGUGUUUCUUGACGCGUUUGGUGAAGAGUGUAAAAAAAUCUAUAACGAUUUAACUAAAGAAAAAAAACCUGAAAAAAAAAUUGAGAAAGAGGUUAUUAAAAUAGAGCCUGAAGUCGGCAAGCAGACACCUGUUGAAAAACCGCCGAUAAAUGAUGAGCGUGAUGAUUAUAGAAAAAAAAAUACGAGCUUAGAAAAAAGCAGAAAUAACGAUAGUUAUAUCGAAAACUCUAGAUUCGGAAAAUAUAGAGACUACCCGACACCUGGCGGCAGCACCAGCAGUGAUUUAGGUUAUGGAACCACGCCGAGUGAUAUUAACUACUCGAGCACCUACUCCCAAAGUUCCACACCAGCCUACGAUUAUUAUAACUAUGGCUAUCACCAUCAGCCCAGCAGUUACGUCCCGGGAAUCCCCGCGGCACUUCCCCCUCCAGCUCCAGUGGUUCCAACGCCACCUAUCCAGCCCAGCGGGCCGGUCUGGUGGCCGGGGAACUCCAGUUACCCGAUGUGGCCUUCUCACGUUGCGCCACCUGGAACAAUAGAGACAGUACUACCGCCCUCUAAGCCCCCUAGUAAGGUUAAGAAAGACACUAAAGACCCCCAGACGGAAUCCUCGCCCAAAACUCCCCGGGAUUUAAAUUCCCCUGAACAAGCCAGAAAAACUUUAGACCUGGACACGCGAAUCGCGAUGCUGCUAAAGGACAAAGCCGGUGGGAUGGCGCCACCGUUCCUGCAGUUCGGAAGCGAUUCUGAGGAUGAAAAAAAAUCCCACCAGCCUGAGGAGGAGAUUCUGUCCAACCCUCCGAGUCCUUUUGUCUCGGAGGACGUUUAUAAGACGUGUUUUGAUAAAAAGACUGAGCGUAUUAAAGACCGCAAGAAGCCUCAUGAGAAUAAUAUUGAUAAGUUGGGAUUAGUGGACGAGGAUUUGGGCAGUGUUAUUAGUUCCAGUGAAGACGAGGCGCUGCUGGGCAGCUAUAGUCCUGCUGCUGUUGACGGAGGGCCUGAACCUCCUAAAGACGCGCCGCCUCCUCCUCCGCCAGAUGAUGACAGAAUGUCGCUUAGCUCGCUGAGUUCUGGGGAUGAGAAGAUUGAACAGGUUAUUGCUCAAGCGGAACCGAGUAAUCAUUUGUACCCAGGUGGUCAUUAUCCGGGUCACUUAGCUUACCCACCGCCUAGUGAUAUGUACAAUUGGCCUAGGCCUGCUCAGUAUCCGUAUCCCUACGGGACUCCUUACAUGCCAAGCCAGUAUCAUUCUUCGGCUACGAUUCCCGGGAAUCAGACUGGCAGUUAUUAUCCUAACUUUCAUUCUAGACUCGCGAUGGCUAAUCAUAAUAUUACUAAGGACAAUCCUCAGGGCCCGACGAUCAAUGGCGUGCUUGAUCGGGUGGUCAAUGAGCUCAAGCAGAUUCUUAAGAAGGAUUUUAAUAAGAAAAUGGUUGAGAAUACUGCGUUUAAAUUGUUUGAGGUCUGGUGGGAUGAAAAGAAGAAUGAGAAGGAUGCUAGUGAGGAGGUUCAUGUAAUUAGUGCUGUUAAAGAGGAGCCUGCUAAGCCCACGACUAAUUUCUUGGAGCAAGCUGUCCCAGCUGGGUUUAAUUAUGAUAGCUUCAGUGGAGUCGGGCUUAGAGCUACUAUGCCCAAGAUGCCCUCGUUUAGGAGGAAGGUCAAAGCUCCCAGUCCGCCUCCGCAAGACGAGGACAGUAGGCAGUCCGAUAGGAUGGACACUGAGCUUAUUGACAGUGAUAGUGAUCUUGAUUUCUCGGAGACUUCGCUUCCUAAACCCAAGAGAGCUAUUUCUAGUGCCUCUUCUAUCUCCAGCUCGACUUCCACGGCGAGUUCAGGGUCAGGGGCAAGUUCUAGCUCUAGUGAUAGUUCGGAUGACGAGGCGGACUCUGAUAGCAGGUUGUCGGAUCACAGGCCGUUGGCGAGGGAUAGUCAAGACCCGGAGAUUCUGAUGGAGCUGGCCAUUCUCAGGUCCUUGGAUUGUCCAACUCCCAAGGGGAGGGAGACUCCGAUUCCUGAUUUGGAGGUCGGGCUGGAUGAUUGCUUGUCGGAGGUCAAUAAUGAGGCUUAUCCGGUUGCUAGUCCGGGGAGAGAAAGGGUGAGUGAUGAGGGUGCUAGGGUCGAACCUACUAGGGAUAUUCAGAAGAUGGAGAACUCUGCUGCUGAAGCACUGAUGACUCUUGCGGGACAGGAUAAUAUUAUCAGGCACAAGAGCCCUGGGCCUAUUGAGCCGAAUAUCAUCAGGGCUAUUGAAAGUAUGUCUGAGAAGUAUAUCAAUAAUCAGCCGAUUCUUAAGGAGGCUGAGAAGAUUGAGAUGUUCAGUGAGAUUCCGAGUACUGAUUCGGAGGAAGAGGAGAGCUUGGCCAUUCGCAGGCUUAGGUAUCAAGCUGAGUCGGAGUUGAAGAUGAAUGGACAGCGCAGUCCUAGUACUUCUAGUUCUCAGGUAUCCCAAGUGUUCAUCGAACACUCAUAUUCUCUUCCACCACCAACUGCCGAGCCUUUAUCAGCAGCAUCAGCAGUACCAGCACCAGCACCAGCACCAGCACCAGCACCACCAGCAGCGCCAACGACGUCGCCAACAAAACCAAAACCAUCUCCAGUGAAACCCAAGCCGGAGAUUCCAAGAGAGCCAACGGAGAAGAGGAAGUACAACAAGCACUCUAAAUUAACGACGAAGAAUCACGAGCAGAUCCACGAAAAGGAGAACAUAAAUGACAAAAUGUUCGCGUACGAGAAAGAAAGGUUGCAGAAGAAGUUCCCGGAAGCUCUGACGAUGAGCUACAAGGAACGCGACAUAAUGGCGGAGAUGGGAGUCCUCUACGAGUUCCUGACUCGCGGAAUCGACCACGAAGACAUAGAGUACCUGCGCCGGAGUUACGAAGCCUUGCUGGCGAACGACACUCAGGGCUACUGGCUCAAUGAUACUCACUGGGUGGACCACCCGGCGACUGAUAUUCCCAACCCGGCGAAGAGAAGAAAGCGCGACGAGGUGAGAAUCCACGCGACGGGAAGCGCCAGGACUGAAGGGUUCUACAAGGUCGACGUCCGGGAGAAGAUGAAGCACAAGCAUCAUUAUGCUCAGAGUAUCCAGCGGUCCAAUGAUGUUGAACUGACCAGCGUUUAUGCCACCGGGGAAGGAAUGGCUAAUGGACCCAAAGGAAACCUCAAGGGUCUUACUGGAAAGAUGCAGGCACUUAGCAGAGAAGCUAGGAGCAAUCAGAGAAGGCUACUUACCGCUUUUGGUAUUGAUACUGACAGUGAUCUGCUCAAGUUCAAUCAAUUGAAGUUCCGUAAGAAACAGCUCAAAUUCGCCAAAUCCGGCAUCCACGACUGGGGUCUCUUUGCUAUGGAGCCAAUAGCUGCUGACGAAAUGGUGAUCGAGUAUGUUGGACAAAUGAUCAGACCAAUCGUUGCUGAUUUCCGUGAAUCUCAGUACGAAGCAACUGGUAUUGGAAGUUCCUAUCUAUUCCGUAUCGACCUGGACACUAUUAUUGAUGCUACCAAGUGCGGAAAUUUGGCACGGUUUAUUAAUCACAGUUGCAAUCCAAAUUGCUACGCAAAGGUAAUAACGAUAGAGAGCCAGAAGAAAAUUGUCAUCUACAGUAAACAACAGAUCGGUGUUAACGAAGAAAUAACGUACGACUACAAGUUCCCACUGGAAGAUGACAAGAUUCCUUGUCUGUGUGGAGCUCCGCAAUGUCGUGGUACCCUUAACUAG